UUCGUCAAAUUAUAAGUUCAACUUGGGGAUAUGCCUCCGGUAAAGGAUGAUUUGAUAAGAGAAAUUAAUUGUUUAGAUAUUAAUUUAACUGAAAAAAGUCCAGCGAAGGGUACGGCACUCGUUGAUGUAAGAGCAUGUAAUAAACCUGCCACUAAGGUAUGGUUCCGUGGCGUGCGAAGCUCAAAGUUCCGCCAUGUCUACGGGGUGCCGUUCAAGAGAGAAAGAUGCUAUGAUAACAUAAAGAUCACCAGAAAUGCUCACGACUCUAACUUCUGUGCCGUCAAUCCCAAGUUCGUGGCGAUCGUCACUGAGGUCGCAGGCGGUGGUGCCUUUCUUGUGCUGCCUUUAGACCAUACCGGUCGGUUAGAUUUCAACGCUAGCCGCGUGACGGGCCACAAAGGUCCCGUACUCGACAUAAAAUGGAAUCCGUUCAACGAUAACAUCAUAGCCUCGUGUUCCGAUGACUGCACGGUAAAACUAUGGCACAUUCCCGAUGGAGGUCUAUCCAUGCACCUCACAGACUGGCUCGUGGAACUCCACGGUCAUAAGCGUCGAGUUGCCUACAUCGAAUGGCAUCCUACUGCUGAAAACAUCUUGCUCAGUGCUGGCUUUGAUUAUUUGAUUUUCGUUUGGGAUGUGGGCAAGGGAGAAGCUGUGAAGGUGAUCGACUGUCACAGUGACGUUAUCUACUGCAUGUCCUUCAACCGCGACGGAUCACUGCUUGCUACCACCUGCAAGGACAAGAAGUUGAGAGUUAUUGAACCGAGACGAGGUAUUGUGCUAUCGGAGGGCCCGUGCCACAGCGGCACGAAGGCGGCCAAGUGCGCGUUCCUGGCGGGCGGGCGCGUGCUGACCACGGGCUUCUCCCGCCACAGCGACCGCCAGUACGCGCUGUGGGACCAGCACGCGCUGCACGCGCCGCUCGCGCUCGACACCAUCGACAGCUCCUCGGGCGUCGUCUUCCCCUACUACGACCACGACACCAACAUGGUUUACCUCGCUGGUAAAGGUGAUGGAAAUAUUCGCUACUAUGAAGUGGUCGACGAACCUCCGUAUAUACAUUUUCUGAAUCAGUUUUUAUCGGGAAAUCCUCAACGCGGGCUGGGCUUCAUGCCGAAGCGCGGCGUGAGCACGGCGCAGUGCGAGGUGUUCCGCUUCUACAAGCUGCACACGUCGCGCGGCUUGUGCGAGCCCAUCUCUAUGAUCGUGCCGCGCAAGUCCGACUGCUUCCAGGAGGACCUGUACCCGGACACGGCGGCGCCGCAGCCGGCGCUGAGCGCGCGCGACUGGCUCAGCGGCGUCAACGCGCCGCCGCUGCUCAUCAGCAUGAAGACCGGUGUCACAAUAUCGACACACAAGCCACGCACGAACAAGGACGCCCCGGCGCUUCAGCCGCAAGACGCUAACAACAGAAAGAAAUUCGCAUUCCUAUCCCGAGAGACCACGCCCGACUACCGCCCACUGGCCACCUGUGAUAAUCGUUAUAAUAAUAAACAAUUAAACCAGGUGCAAGUGACCGAGAAAUGUCAGAAGACAAGCGCCAAUCAGAACACGAAGUUCCAUCAACUGCAGCGUAUGUUCGGCAAGCAGACGGGUGAGACUGAGCCGGUUCCGCUCUACAAGCAAAUCAACCAGGGAGAUGUGUUCAACACUGAGCAUGAGUUACGUCUCGCAUUCAACCGACAAGGCGAAGAACUAAGGAUUGUGAAGCGUCAACUGCAAAACAGUCAGCAAAGAGUGCGGGAACUAGAACAACACAUCGCCUCGCUUCAAGCGCGACUACAACACGAAACUUAACUUUAUACUGCCUAAGAAAUACGCUUUUCCCAUUACUAUUGGAAAUUAUCUUGCCGAGCUGAUCCAGCUUUAGGUAAUGAUCAAUGUUUUAAAUAAAACUGCCUUUUAAA